CUCCCGUCCCGUCCCAUGGCGUCCCGCGACCUCGCCGAGAGCCUCCUCCCGGGCGCCGGCCCCUCCACCUCCCACUCCGACGAGUACGACGAGCGCGCGUACGACUCGGACGACAAAGUCUCCAUCUUUGUCUCCGACGACGAGGCCGCCGACGACGACGGCUCCGGCGCGCGCCCGGCCUUCUCGUGGCGGAAGCUAUGGCGCUUCACGGGGCCCGGCUUCCUCAUGUGCAUCGCGUUCCUGGAUCCGGGGAACCUGGAGGGGGACCUGCAGGCGGGCGCCGCCGCCGGGUACCAGCUCCUCUGGCUGCUGCUGUGGGCGACCGUCAUGGGCGCGCUCGUGCAGCUCCUCUCCGCGCGCCUCGGGGUCGUCACCGGGAAGCACCUCGCCGAGCUCUGCCGGGAGGAGUACCCUACCUGGGCCACCCGCGCGCUCUGGGUAAUGACGGAGCUGGCGCUCGUCGGCGCAGACAUUCAGGAGGUCAUUGGCAGCGCGAUUGCCAUCAAGAUCCUCUCCGGCGGCAUCGUGCCGCUCUGGGGCGGAGUCGUCAUCACCGCGUUCGACUGCUUCAUCUUUCUAUUCCUGGAGAACUAUGGUGUGAGAAAACUGGAAGCAUUUUUUGCUGUCUUGAUUGCAACCAUGGGUAUAUCAUUUGCGAUUAUGUUUGGUGAAACGAAGCCUGAUGGGAAGGAGCUUCUGAUUGGUUUGGUGGUUCCAAAGCUGAGCUCAAAUACCAUCAAGCAGGCGGUAGGAAUUGUGGGGUGCAUUAUCAUGCCCCAUAAUGUUUUCUUGCACUCAGCACUGGUGCAGUCCAGGAAGAUUGACACAAAAAAGAAAUCCCGUGUUCAAGAAGCAGUUUACUAUUACAACAUUGAGUCGAUUAUCGCUCUCAUCGUCUCUUUCUUCAUUAACAUAUGUGUUACAACAGUUUUUGCUAAAGGAUUUUAUGGGACUGAACAAGCUAAGAACAUAGGUCUUGAGAAUGCUGGCCAGUACUUACAGGACAAAUACGGAUCUGCGCUGUUUCCUGUCCUCUAUAUCUGGGCUAUUGGGUUGUUAGCGUCUGGACAGAGUAGCACCAUCACUGGCACAUAUGCAGGCCAAUUUGUCAUGGGAGGUUUCCUUAAUCUUCGAUUGAAGAAGUGGUUACGAGCAAUGAUCACACGAAGCUUUGCCAUUAUCCCAACUAUGAUCGUGGCUGUAUUUUUUGAUACUGAAGAUCCUACCAUGGACGUUCUGAAUGAGUCACUCAAUGUACUUCAGUCCAUACAGAUUCCAUUUGCACUGAUUCCUCUCAUCACCCUUGUUUCGAGUGAGCAGCUCAUGGGGUCAUUUGUGAUUGGUCCUAUCACCAAAGUGAUUAGUUGGAUCGUCACGAUAUUUUUGAUGCUCAUCAACGGAUACCUUGUAUUGUCCUUCUAUACCGACGAAGUCCGGGGCACAUUUGUUCGCUCAAGCUUGUCGGUUGUGCUGGCUGUUUACCUUGCAUUCGUCGUCUAUCUUAUCGUGAGAAACACCACCCUGUAUUCUCGCCUUCGCUCAUCAGUCUCGAAGAGCUCAUGAGAGCCUUCGAGACUGCCAUGUUCAUUCAUCAAGAUGAACUGAAGCGGAUAAUACUGGAAGAAAGCUGCUCCCUAGUGUACACCUUGUACGGCUAUUUGUAUUAGCUCCAGGGGAGAAGUCUAUAUUGUAUAUCAUUGCUGUUGUAUAAUUGUAUUUCUGGAUUAGCAGUUUUCCCCUUUAGGAUUGGGCUUAAACUAAACAGCACCAACAUUCAUGUAUUUGGGGUGGUAAUACAGUAGAUGGUUUAGUC